AUGAAUUUCUCAAACAAAUACCAUGUUUUUAAUAAAGUAUUUGAACAGUCAUUCUAUACGAGAAAAGUGUCUCACAAUAGAUGGUUGAGUUCAGAGAAGGACGUGGAUUAUGGCAACACUGGCGGUGAAAAUCGUGGUAAAAGUGGUGACAAUAUUGUGGGUCAAGAGCCAGUAGUGCCGGCACACAGUCGCUGCCUCUCAGCCCUAUUGACACGUCUAGCGGAUGAGAGGGUGUUGUUUGAGAGAGUGAUUACCAGAAUCAGGAGCCUAUGGAUUAGCGACAGUCGCCGUCUAAUCCGAGCCCACAGUCACUGCCAUCGGACACAAAAGUGGCUCAAAUCUCAAAACACUUGCCUUCGCCUCAAACACAUGAAACAAAGGCUCGCAUUUGAGGCCAGAAUUAGUUCAUUGAAAAAAGAGAUCCAUUUAUUGAAGAGUAAACACUUUUUGAAGACAAGAAGAGGAAUAAGUGGUGACCAGAAGGCAACGAAGAAGAUGUCGAAGAAGUGGCACAAGAGUCGCUUCAAUGGCCACAACUCUAUGGAUGAUAACAGCGGUGGCAGCGAACCAACUGUUGGACCAGUUUAUGAUGAUAUUAGCGAUGAUAGCGUGGAAGUGAUUCACGAAUCCAUUCAUCACAACAACAGUAGUCGUGAUAACAAUCAAUUGAAUACCGAUUGUAUGGAUUUGAAUGCGAACCACAUUUCGGCCAAUAAUAGGCCAAACAGUAGUAACGCAAACAUUUGGCGUCCGUUUGAUUUCCAGUCCAACGGCCGUCAAAAUCAAUCGCCUUUCAGUGACAACAACUCUAUGGCCGGUCCACCACUCAUGCCAUCGGCCCUAUCCAUACACGGUAUCAACUAUUCACCAAAUUAUAGCCAUUGGGUGCCUAAUGGCCAACAGUUGCUGAUCAGCACAUCCACACUAACCAACCACUUAAGCGGCAAUAUAUUAGUGAACACCGGACCGACACCAACCGCAACGGUAGUGCGGCCAACGGCCAUACGUUACGCGGACACAACCGCCUCAAGACAAUUAUCAUUGUCACCGACACCACCACAACCACAGGCACCCCAAAAGUCAGCGCCCGUCAAACGCACGGCAACACCAGAUGCUAAGCAACGGUCGCACGAUUGCGAUUACGAGGGCUGCGGCAAGAGUUUCCGUUUCCGGAGCGCACUGGAGAAUCACCGGUUGGCCCACUCGGAGGACCGGCGGUUCGAGUGCCAGCACUGCGGCAAACGUUACAAACAGCUGAGCGGCCUCUACUCGCACGAGUCGGCCAAACACGCGCCCAAAGACCGUCGGCGUACUUACGAGUGCGCCUAUUGUGGCGACACUUUUGUCGAUCUCCGCAACCUUAAGAUUCACGAAUACAACCAACACAAGUGCCAACAACAGCAACAACAACACCAACCCGAGCAGCUCCAGGAGCCUGAGCCGGGAGAGGUAGCCGCUGUGACCGGCAAUCAGGUGGGCACUGGUGGGCAACAAUCGGAUGAGUCCAACGAUGGCAGCGCUCGUAGUAAUGUGAACAUACCGUUUGACCAUCACUUUCACACCGAACCGAUACUCCCGUACAACACUUGGGGCACAUUCCGCGCGCUUCAGUACUUCGGACUCCGGACGGCGUCCCCCGACUCGCCCGCCGUCGGACUCAUUUGGUUCAACAACAGCGGCGCCGAUGUGUCGGCCCUACAGCUGAGGCACUGGUGCUCUCUCGACGACCAAACCAUAUACGGCUGGAAAUAUCACAAUUUCAAUGACUUUGGCUUUCAAACCAUACAAGACUAUAGCUAUUCAUUAGACACUAGUUUUGUUAAAUACACGCAAACCAAUUGGCGGGCAAUGGUUGCCGUGAAUGAGACAACUGCCGGCGCUGUGAGGGAUGACUCAAGUAUAUCGCUUAUCAUAUACCUGUCCAUCGAGAGGGACACGGAUUCAAUACGGAUUAGUGGCCACAAUUCAAGUUCAUUGCAAAUCAGUGGUCACAACGAGUUUAUCGGCGAUUACUCGUUAAACAUUAUCGCCGAAGAAGUGGAACCGCUUCUAUACAGCGGACAAUUGGACACCGAUUCGCAUACAGUGGACGUCAUUAAAGCGAUUAAAGACAACUUAACACCAAUUACUGUAAACGGGACACACAUUUACGGUCUGAAAAGCGGCACAAAACCAAACGUCACGCGUAUUAUUGGCUUUCAAGCGGUGGUUAGACGGCAAACAAAACUCACCAUUGCUUUCAACGCAAACAAUAAACCGGCAAACAAAAUGUCCGCCAAAUCUAAUGACUACGAAGAAGAUCUUCGGCACAAAAUCAGUGACUUUGAGGUAGAAUUUGAGGCAAAAUUUGGUCUUAAAGGCAAGGGAUUCAAUGCCAAAGAGAUUGCGUUCGGACAGUCGAUACUGAGCGAAAUGUUGGGCAGUAUUGGCUACUUCUCGGGCAAUCUGUCGGUCGACUCGCCGGGUAUGUCGGCGCCCGUGUCGUACGGACCGCUGACAAUGCUAUCGGCCGUCCCGUCGCGACCGGUGUUUCCCCACCCGUUCCUGUGGGACGAGGGCUUUCACAAUCUGGUGAUUCAGCGCUGGAACCGUUCGGUGACACUUCACAUCAUGCAGUCGUGGCUGAAUCUGAUGAAUAUCGACGGAUGGAUACCGCGAGAGAUUGUCAUCGAGAGGGAAGAGAUCCGACGCGAGGGAACAGUGAUGACACAGACGGACGUCAACGCAAACCCGCCGUCGUUUUUGUUGACCAUCGAUACGUUGAUGCGAAACAAACAAAUGGAUGCACAGGUGUUGAAGACUAUAUACCCGCGACUGAAGGCGUGGUUCGCGUGGUAUAACACCACUCAAGUGGGCGAACGGGUGGGCACUUACCGAUGGCGCGGUCGGAGCCCGGAUGGGGGCAAUCAUGUCCUCAAUCCCGACACUUUGACGUCCGGUUUGGACGACUUUCCCCGCGCCACUCAUCCGACAGACUCCGAGUAUCACUUAGACCUCAGGUGUUGGAUAUGGUUGGCCGCCGACAUCAUGACCAGAGUGGCCGACGCCGUCGCUGAUCAGGCCAUGAAGUUGUCGUACGCCGAGACGGCACGUCUGUUGGCCGACAACCGUCUACUGGAGUCCCAGCACUGGUCCGAAGCGGACAAAUCGUUUUGCGAUUACGGUUUACACUCGACGAAUGUAUCGCUGGUUAGCGAUGGCGGCGGACAUUACGUGCGUAAAGUGUGGUCACCGCCGGUGUAUCGGCACACUUGCGACCAAUUGGGUUACGUUAACCUAUUCCCGGUGCUGUUCGCCAUCGUUGACCCAAACAGCGACAAAUUGGGUCACGUCUUAGACUCGAUGCGCAACUCGUCCCAAAUGUGGACUCCGUAUGGCUUGCGGUCCAUAUCUAAGACCGGUUUCUAUUACAACAAGUUUAACAGCGAGUGGGAAGAGCCGUACUGGAGGGGACCGAUAUGGCUCAACAUCAACUACCUGGCCCUCCGCGGUCUACGCCAUUACGCCCAGACUCCCGGUCCUAAUCAGUCAAAGGCGGCCCUCAUAUACAAAGAGUUGCGAAACAAUAUCAUUGCAAACAUGUUUAAAGAGUACGAGAGAACUGGCUUUGUAUGGGAACAGUAUAACGACAAGUGGGGUACGGGUCAGCGGUCGCACCCGUUUGUCGGCUGGUCGGGCGUCGCCCUACUUAUUAUGGCUGAACAUUAUUGA